UCCAGCUUCUGUCCACCAGGUGGCGGUAAUGAUGGUCUCAGCUGGUUGGUCUGACAGGACGAAGAAAAGCUCAGCGGAACCUUCGGCGUUUGUUGGUUGCACCGACCGGAACAGUUGCAGUGAUGGAACUGGUGGAGACUCACGUGCAGGUGGCCGCAGAAGAUCCAGCAGAAGAUGCAGAUCCUCAGUCUGAGGACCAGAGCGACUCUGAAGGAGGCAGUCUGGAUGGAAGGUCAGACGAUGGAGACGAUGACGCACAGAGCGAUGUGGAGAAGGAGGAGGAAGACGAGACAGGAGGCGACGCUAACGGCAACGCUGGAUGGGCAGAAGUCAUGGCCAAGAUCCUGGGGAAGAAGACCUCUGAGAGCCAGAGCAGCAUCCUGGUGAAGAACAAAGAUCUGGACAAGCAGAAGGCCAAGGAGAGGCAGGAGCAGCUGGAGAGGAGGAAGCAGGACGACAAGAAGCGAACGUGGGAGAUGAUGUUCAGGGAGAAGCCUGAUGUGGUGAAGGACCGAGAUGCUGAGAGAGCUCUGCAGAGGAUCGCUACCAGAGGGGUGGUGCAGCUGUUCAACGCCGUGAGGAAACACCAGAAAACCGUGGACGACAAGGUGAAGGAGGCCGGAGGCUCGGAGAGGAAGAAGGCCAAAGUUCUGUCCUCUGUGUCCAAGAAAGACUUCAUCGACGUGCUGAGGAGGACCGAAGGAGGCGGCAGGAGUUCAGACAGAACCCAAAACCAAGCUGCCGCUGCAGCGGAGGAAAAGCCGGCCUGGAGCGUCCUCAGAGAGGACUUCAUGAUGGAGGCCACCAUGAAAGACUGGGACAAAAACAGCGACCAAGAGGAGGCUGGACCUCCUGCAGGAGGAGAGCAGGGCAGCGAUUCAGACUGACGGACUGUGGGUCUUUAAGACUGUGAUUUUUUUUUAAAUCAGGUUUUCUGAAAUGUUAUGUUUAAAAAUGCAAAUUAGGUGUUAUAUAAUUUAAAACACUCUAAUUUCCAUUGACUUCCAGAACAGACGUGUUGGAGUUAAAGGUUUUUACAGAAAGGAUGCAUUCCUUUAAUCAAAGCAUCCUGUCAGCAAACUGUUCAUCAAUUUUCUUCAUGUUUUUAUGAAUACAAUGUUGUAUGAAUCAGGCCAUGAAUGAUAAAAACCUUCAGAAUACAGACAGGAACAAAAGUAGAAACUUUGGUGGAUGAAGAGAACGCUGAAGUGGAGAUGAUUGGAUCCGAGUUUGAAGAAAAACUAUCACAUUUUUAUUGGAAACCAGAAUUUACAGGUGAAACGUUAACUAACAGAUAUCAUUAGUCAAUAAUUCACAGAUUAGUUUUAAAAUGUUUUCAGAUAAUUCCAUCAGAAUAUGAAUGUUUUUCAGUAAAUUGGAGCCAUGAUGACAGAAUAAACCCACUGAUGCAGAACGUCCACCACAGUAGACAGUUACAGUUUCACUCAGAGGAAAAGUUUUCCUUCACUGCAGUUAAUUAGAGAAUAUUUCUGUUUGUUUCUAUAGAGUCAAAGGUUUGAAAAGAUAAAACAGAUUUCCACAA